GGGGGGGGGAACUAAAUUGGCAAUUGAACAUGGUUAUGUGGAGGUGUUGGUGCUGAUGUUGCUAUAUGAUAGCAAUAUAAGAUAUAUUAAGUAUCUUCUAAAUCUGGCACAAAACAGAGCAGAGUGUUGUUAACAACCCUCCCAAAUUUGAAUCGUUAAAGCAUCAAAUUGGGAACAAAAUCAAGCUUUUGUGUCGCUCCGAGACGCUGUGGGCCGUUAGUUUUGCUUAGUUUUUCGGCGUAGGUAUCCAACGUCUAUAAAAAGAGAACCAUUUGUUAUUAGUAAGGUGCAGUCGCAGUCCACGUGGGAUGAGGGUGUCGCAACACCCACUUUUUGUUGACACCCUCAUUUUUCGUGCUGUCAGUGUGAGGCUUGUCAAAUGUUUGAUUGACACAGUUGCCGCCGUGCCGUAGUUUGACCACAGCGCGCGCGCGCGCGUCCACGCCGCCCACCACGCAGUGGCGCGCGCGCGCCGCGGUGGGAGUCGGUGCGGGUCUCGGUCUGAGCUGCCGCCGGGGGGGUCCAGGAUGGGUUAGUCUGCUCAUGUGCGUCUGGCUGCGGGCGUCGACGCAGCUCGAUCGGGACCAGGUCUCGAGGCGCAGCGUGGCUCUAAUCAGUUCGCCCCCUCACGCCGACCGAGAGGGGGGUCGUCUCGUCGGUGCGCAUUCGCGACACAUCCGUCCCGGGGACAGUCGCCGUUCGGCCCCACGGAGGCCAGCAUUUGCCGGUACUGAGGCGGAAUAUCCCGGGCCGUGGGAGAACGGAUACGGAGGCUUGCCCGUUUUGGGAUUUUGGAUUUGGGAUUUUGGAUUUUUGUUGUUGGCGAGGAUAGCCUUUCGUUUGAUCCAUUUAGAUUUUCAAGAUGGGGUUGAAAAAGGAUCGGAUCCUUUCGCAUCCCUAAUUCGGAGACACCGGCGAGGGCAGGCUGCCGCUUCCCGGCGAAGGGAGGGGUACCCCGGGUAGCCGACGCCGGGUACGCCGGGAGCCGGGCGCCGUGCGGCGGCUCCAUGAGGAGGGAGCCCAGCCGGAGUGGAGCGCGAGAGAGCACCAGCGGCGGGCCGGUUCGGAACUUUGGAUGCAUAUGAUCACAACCACCAUGAUUUUUAUGAUUCUGGGUGCUUCAGUUGUAAUGGCGAUCGCCUGUUUAAUGGACAUGAACGCACUACUGGAUCGCUUCCACAACUACAUCCUGCCACAUCUACGAGGGGAGGACCGCGUCUGUCACUGCAACUGUGGGAGACAUCACGUCCACUAUGUCAUCCCGUACGACGGGGACCAUUCCCUGGUGGACUCCUCGGAGAACUACUUUGUGAGCGACAGCGUGACCAAGCAGGAGAUGGACUUGAUGCUGGGCCUGCUGCUGGGCUUCUGCAUCAGCUGGCUCUUGCUGUGGCUGGACGGCGUCCUGCACUGCGCCGUCAGGGCCUGGAGGUCGAGCCGCUACUACGAUACGCCGUCCUGGUCGUGGCUGCCGCAGUUCUGCAACCUUCGAGAGUUGCGCCGAAGGGCCCAGCUCCGGCAACUGGACGACUCCAGCGGCAACAUGGUGCACAUCAAGCAGAAGCUGUACCACAAUGGCCACCCGAGCCCCCGCCACCUCUGACUCAACGUCAACCCGACCGAACCCGAGCCCGUCCGCCACGGGUCCGCCGCCCUCAAACCUCUCGGCGGGCGGCCUCGCGGGAAUUCUCGAGCACCCUGCGUAACGUUGCCCUCUGAAAAGCCCCGAGAAAACUUCGCUCGGUCAGAAGCGGGCCCCCGUCGGAACAAAACAAAACAACGCAACACAUUUUGAAGGCUGUCUUUUUCUGUAUAAAGACAGUUUCUGUGUUCAUUGUUUAACUUGGCAUGCUCUUUUAGAACAGGGUACGAUGUGGGCAGUGUUUGCAUUUUUAUUUUGGGUGGGAGAGUUGUUGCUUUGGGGGUGGGGGUGGGUUUUUGUGACGUUAGAUUGCUACUUGUGUGUAAAUAUGGUGGGGGGUGGGGGGGGGGGGGAUAAUUAAAAAAAAAAAAAGGUAGCGAAGGGUUUGAUGACAUCACUCACGAUCGGCCCGGUGGGUCCAGAUCACAGCAACGGAACGAGAUGAGUCUGUUUCGAAACUGGAUGUGAAACCAUGUGAAAUUCUGACCCCGAAAAAGUUAGCUUGACAGUGAAUGAACUGAAUGUCAUAUUUUCUUCCCCUGUAAAUAUGCGAGGGGGAGGGAACGAAAAGGGUUGUGGUUUGGGUUCUCUUUGCUACAUUUGAUCAUCAUUUGUUACAAUAGGAGAAUAUUCGGUGCUUUCCGUCUUCACAUAUGUCGUUUCUAUGGCCACUUGUUGCCGAGCGGAAUUCACAGAGCUCUAAGCAUAACUACCCGAUGGAAAGGAUAACAAAAACUAAGGGAAUCAGUCCACUGUGAGGAUCGACGACCCUUGAAUGUGAAUUCAGAAAUGUGUCUCUAAACACACGCAUCACGUUUGAAUAUAAUCGCUGCAAGCAUGUGCAAAGACUGAGAACUGUGUAGUUCUCAAUCGUGGGGCCUUUUCGUGAAAGUCUUUUAACGAUUAAGCGUAAGCGCCUUCACUUGCAUCGCAAAGUCAAUGGCGGGCACGGAGACCACGCUUAACAACACUCUUCUGCGUGGUGUGUCAAAUUUCGAAGACAUGCGGGGACUUUGGGAAUGGAUUUGCCAUGAAUUUGUUUCCCGAAAUAGUGCCCCCAGUUGAUCACUGUGUGCAUAAACGGCAAACCUCAUUUCCCCCCCUCAGGACAAAAAGUUACAGUUCGGGUCAUAUAACAUCUGUGUCGCUGUCGACUUCAUUACCACAGCACACACCUUUACAGUCGGUAGCGUACUACAUGGCAUCUGUAAAGCUGACGUUUAUCGUGGAGCUGAACUCAUUCACUGCCAGCCUUCCCAGUUAACGUGGAUAUUUGACUUCUAAAGCCGUCAAUGGCAGUGAAUGUGUGAAAGAGGAAAUUGCUGUAAACCUUUCAACGGUGACCUAAAAAAAAAUACUUAGCACAUGCGCACGUUUUCAUGUACUUGACUCAUCACAAUCAGCCAUUCAGCACAGGGAACCCUCACCAGAUCCCCCCCUCGCCCACCCUCUCCCUGUCCAGACAUUGCUGUUGUGAGGAUGAAAUGUCUGUUUUAUUAAAAGUGCUAUUGAAGCACA